CGCACAUCAUUCAUUCAUUCACUUACUCACUCCAUUCAUUCCCUCUCUUUCUUUCUCUCUCCUUUUUUAAUAAUUAUGCUAAUCGUCAUGACUACCAUCACCAAUCCCACCUGAAAUUCCAUUUUUGCCCUCCACCUCCACCACCAACACCGACCGCUUCAUCCUUUACGGGUCCAAAACCACCACCGCCACCGCCGCCGUCGCGAAAUCUAUGUAUAGCAAAAUCACAAUCCUAGGGUUUCUCUGUUCUGGAUUGAUUCUCGGCGCCGGAUAAGGCCAAUGCUGGUCUCCGGAAUCUUAGGGUUUGAGAUCGUGCUCUUAACCCUAAUCUUCUUUGUCGGUGUGCUGAUUCGCCACAAGUGGAAGGAUGCGGAAGCGAAGAAGGAGGAGAUCAUGAGGCUUGUGGCUAUGGCCUCCGAAGAGGCCGCCAUGGCCGAGGUCCAAGCUACUGUUCAGUACGGACCAGUUUCAGUCGUAGGGCAAUACCAGUGUGCUGUGUGCUAUAGUCCCACCACUAUGCGCUGCUCUCAGUGCAAGCUCGCUAGAUACUGUUCUGGCAAGUGCCAGAUUUUGCACUGGAGACAAGGUCACAAAGAUGAAUGUUGUCCUCCAAUUGCCACCAUACCGUUUGAAGAGGAAGGUGACUUUGAUGGGAAAUCAAUAUUGGAAAAACAGUCUGAAAUUAAUGAUACCAAAGGACCACAUUCUGGUUUCGCGUCUCCUAGUGCUUCAUUGUCUGCUGGCUCCUCUCCAUCUCGUGCUGGAAGUAAACGAUCUAUAGAUUCCAGUCAGGUCAUUAGGUCUGGCACUAAUGAUGAAUUAGAGAAACCUCUUUCUGAUGAUGUUGCCACUGAUAUGGUUGGUACAACUGUUAGUUCUAAUGAGAUGGAACUAACUAAGGUGCUAUCCACACAGUCUACUAAUGUGGUAAAUUAUGUAGAUAGUAUUUCUUGUGCAAGUAAAUCAAGUAAGAAGAAAUCUGGUCAUAUUGAUGAAAGCGCUGACUUCAAAUCACAUUUUUCUAAGCCUGCUCCAGUUAUAACUAAUGAUGUUAAGCCAAAAAUUUUUGGCAAUAGUAAGCCCACCACAGGAUCCACUUCGGCUGGAAAAUUAGCUGCAGAUGCUUCUAAAUUUAGGUGCUCACCAUCGGGGUCGGAUUCUGUAGCUGAUGAUGGGAAAGAUGAUUCUGAAUUAUUUAAGCGUAAAGAAGUGAAGUCUUUGUCCUCUAAUGCUCCUAAUGAUCGUCCAUCUUCAGCCAUUGGAGGACAGUCAAUUUCCCAUCCCAAGUCUGCAAAAAUUGAAGCUUAUCAUGCCUUACCUGCAAAAGUUGGUAGCAUCCCAAGCUUGCCACAGAAUGUUCGUAAUGGCUUGAAAACAUCUGUGCGAAAAGUUGUACAGCAGUUUAAAGCCUCCAAAGAGUCAAAGCCUAAUCUUUUAGAUCAUGGCAACGAGAUUGGUGGAAAGAACAAUUGCAAGAUAGUCUUUCCAUACGAACUUUUCACGAAACUUUACUGUGAUGAUAAGGUGGAACUACGUCCAUUCGGCCUUACAAAUUGUGGGAACAGCUGUUAUGCUAAUGCUGUGCUCCAAUGCUUGGCAUAUACUCGGCCUCUUACUACUUAUCUUCUUCAAGGGCUUCAUUCUAAAUCAUGCCGAAAGAAGGGAUGGUGUUUUAUUUGUGAGUUUGAAUGUCUAAUUCAGAAGGCAAAAGAAGGCUAUUCCCCGUUGUCUCCCAUUGGGAUACUAUCCAAAAUACAUAAAAUUGGAAGUCAUCUUGGACAUGGGAGGGAAGAAGAUGCCCAUGAAUUUUUGAGGUAUGCUGUUGAUACAAUGCAAUCUGUCUGCCUUAAGGGAGCUGGGGCUGAGGGUCCAGUGGCACAAGAAACAACUUUAGUUGGCCUGACUUUUGGGGGUUACCUUCGAUCUAAGAUAAAGUGCAUGAAGUGCUUUGCCAAAUCUGAGCAAUAUGAGCGGAUGAUGGAUCUUACUGUUGAGAUAGAUGGGGACAUUGGAACUCUUGAAGAGGCUCUUGCUCAAUUUACAGCUACUGAAAUCUUGGACCGAGAGAACAAGUACUAUUGCGGCAGAUGUAAAUCUUAUGAGAGGGCCAAAAAGAAGUUGACAAUAUUGGAGGCGCCAAAUAUUUUAACGAUUGUGUUGAAGCGAUUUCGAUCUGGUAACUUUGAGAAGUUAAACAAAUCAAUUCAGUUUCCUGAGGUCCUCAACAUGGCCCCGUAUAUAAGUGGAAUAAAUGAUAAUUCUCCUUUGUACAGUCUUUAUGCAGUAGUGGUUCAUUUGGAUAUCAUGGAUGCUGCAUAUUCGGGUCACUAUGUGUGUUAUGUAAAGAAUUUCAAUGGGGAGUGGUUCAGGAUAGAUGAUAGCACAGUGGAACCUGUGGAAUUGGAGAGGGUCUUGUUAGAGGGGGCGUACAUGCUUCUCUACGCUAGGCGCUAUCCACGAGUGUGUAAAGGCAGAAGUUUAAAGACACAGUCGGUAACACAUCAGAAGCCUGCGAGACACAACAAUCAAUCAUUCCAACCAGACGAUUGGAGAAUCCAUUCGAUGCAAAGAAUUUCUGCUAUUGAUUCAUCGAGCGAGAGUUCCUCCCUUUUCAGCUGCUCAGACGCAAGCUCUUGCAGCACAGCAAGCAUCAAAGACUCUGCCAGCACAGGAGACUUGUCUGAUUACAUAUUUGGUGAAGUGGGACCCAGUUGGUAUAACAACUAUGGGCUCUCAUCAGACUCGGUUCCAUCUUCCUCCUAUGAAGACUUCGAUGCAGAUCCAGAAGUGGACAAUUACGAUUGGAGGCAAGCAUCCCGACGGAACGGCUGGAAUGGGGAUGGAAACUCUGCAAUUUUGUAUACUGACACAACUAGACACCGUAGAAAGUCUUGCAGCCAGUUAGGUUGUAGUAGUACUAGUAGGGACACUGACUUUGGGCAAUUUGCCUUUGCUAACCCUUCUGUUGUAAAUUCUGGUGUACCAUUGAGAAGAGCAAGUGGUGAUAGAUCAGCUCAAACGUUUUAUUGAGGUUUGAGUUGUGAGAUGAAAGUAAGCGUUGUCAUUUAUGUUAUUAAGGGAAAAAAAAAAUAUCAAUCAUUUAUUCUUAGCUCCCCAUUCCCUGUUCUCCAA